UGGACAGUUUGGUCGCUCUUUGGUGGUUUUGUUUGAUUUGAUUUAAUUUAAUCACAUGUAAACUACACGAUGUAGAUGUAGUGUAUUUUAUUCUGUCCUUAGUUAAGGUCAAUUCAGAUUAUAAGCUAAGUUCGAGAAAGAAAAUAAGCAUGGAAAUUCUGGGCAAGAACGGAAAGUUGAGGCCACCAACAAGUGCUGCCGAGUAUUUCACGGUUCUGUUCUGUAACAGAAAGAAAAUAGUCUGUAGACAGAAUUCACAAGUGGGUACAAAAGCCUGGAACUCACUAAGUCCUGCAGAACAGAAGUUGUUUGUGGACAAAUUUGAGAAGUGGCAGGCUGAAAAUAAUAAGAAAAUAACCAGUAUCUUAGAAAAUGCUGAACCAUUUUUGAAGAAAAAGACUACAAAAGGAAAAGGAAAUAUUCCAUCCAAUAUGAAUACAACUAAAGAGGAUUGUGACGUCAGCCUACCAGGAUCUAUAUUGAACAUCUCCAGUAACUCACAUAGUUAUAUCCAGUCCAAUGCAGAUUUGGAAGUAUCUAAACGAGAAGAUCUUAAUGUUGAAUUUUACAUGGAUGAUUAUGACGAUCAGUCGGAAUCAAUGAUGAACCUUGUAUAUGAUGAUACACCCACUGGCAAUUUGGAAGUACCAAAACAAUUUUACACCGCCUCCGUUAUUGAUGAAGACGUAGAUGAGCCCACAGCUCCGGAAACAAAUGAGACUACAACGAAAACAGCAUUACCUGAACCUACGUUGCCUACUGUGAUGCGCCCCAGGGAGCUGUUUGAAAUAAUUAAAGCAAGUGGAGCGCGGCCCGACCUCGCCACUGUUGAAUGGAAGGACUUGCCGUCGAAAGAGAAAUACAUAUACACUCGAGCCAAGCGUACCAUACAAAAAGACUAUCUUAAGAAUUAUGAACAGUAUUUAGAAAGCUUGUCAUCACCAGAAUUAUUUAAGCAAUACAUUAAAUUUAAAAAGGAAAAUUAAACACUAAAAGUUUACUAAA